AUGGAGCUGAGCCUGGAGAGCCUGGGGGGCCUGCACGGCGUGGCCCACGCGCAGGCGGGCGAGCUGCUGAGCCCCGGCCACGCGCGCUCGGCGGCAGCGCAGCACCGCGGCCUGGUGGCGCCUGGGCGCCCGGGCCUGGUGGCCGGCAUGGCGAGCCUACUGGACGGCGGCGGCGGCAGCGGCGGGGGCUCCGGGGGCGCGGGCGCCGCGGGCAGCGCGGGCGGCGGUGCCGACUUCCGCGGGGAGCUGGGGGGCCCGCUGCACCCGGCCAUGGGCAUGGCCUGCGAGGCGCCCGGCCUGGGCGGCACCUACACGACGCUCACGCCCUUGCAGCACCUGCCGCCGCUAGCGGCAGUGGCCGACAAGUUCCACCAGCAUGCGGCGGCCGCGGCUGUGGCCGGAGCGCACGGCGGCCACCCCCACGCGCACCCGCACCCGGCGGCCGCGCCACCCCCGCCGCCCCCACCGCAGCGCCUGGCGGCCAGCGUGAGCGGCAGCUUCACUCUGAUGCGCGACGAGCGCGCUGCACUUGCCUCCGUGGGCCACCUCUACGGGCCCUACGGCAAGGAGCUGCCCACCAUGGGGUCGCCGCUGUCGCCGCUGCCCAACGCGCUGCCACCGGCGCUGCACGGUGCCCCGCAGCCCCCGCCGCCCCCGCCGCCCCCGCCGUUGGCAGCCUACGGUGCGCCAGGCCACCUGGCUGGGGACAAGCUGCUGCCGCCCGCCGCCUUCGAGCCGCACGCCGCGCUGCUGGGACGCGCCGAGGACGCGCUGGCCCGCGGGCUGCCCGGAGGUGGCGGUGGCGCAGCACGCGCCGGACCGGCGGCGAGCGCCGCCGGCGGCUCGCCGCGCCUGCGCACGCUGGCACGCCGGGCGGCGCACGGGCAGCACGCGGGAGGUGGCGGCCCCGGCGGGGGCGGCGGCGGCCCCAGCGCGGGCGCUGCGGCCGAGGAGAUCAACACCAAGGAGGUGGCGCAGCGCAUCACGGCGGAGCUGAAGCGCUACAGCAUCCCUCAGGCCAUCUUCGCACAGCGCAUCCUGUGCCGCUCGCAGGGCACGCUCUCCGACCUGCUGCGCAACCCCAAGCCGUGGAGCAAGCUCAAGUCCGGACGGGAGACCUUCCGCAGGAUGUGGAAGUGGCUGCAGGAGCCCGAGUUCCAGCGCAUGUCUGCGCUGCGCCUCGCAGCCUGCAAGCGCAAGGAGCAGGAGCAGCAGAAGGAGCGCGCGCUGCAGCCCAAGAAGCAGCGCCUGGUGUUCACCGACCUGCAGCGCCGCACGCUCAUCGCCAUCUUCAAGGAGAACAAGCGGCCGUCCAAAGAGAUGCAGGUCACCAUCUCGCAGCAGCUGGGCCUGGAGCUGAACACCGUCAGCAACUUCUUCAUGAACGCGCGGCGCCGCUGCAUGAACCGCUGGGCCGAGGAGCCAGGCGCGACCCCCGGCGGCCCGGCGGGCGCCUCCUCCACCUUCUCCAAGGCCUGA